AACUGUUUUUUGGGGGAUAAGCAUGUUCCUUGGAGAAAGUACAUCCCACUGAAUUUACAGUGGGAAUUCAAAUCAUUGUUUGUUGGCUGUCUGUCCAUGUGCAUGGUCGUAUCCCACAGUGGAGGUGAAGUGAGCUAUUCCUCAUUCAGUGAUUUAUGAUUGUCACUUGCACUAGUGCACCCAACAGUAAAAGUAAGGGUUUAUAUACUGUCACUUCCUAUAGGGCAUUUUACACGCAGGAGCUUGUUACUUUACAGCAGCUUUGGUGUCAAAGUCCUAAUGUUGCCCCUGCCUGGGGUUAAUAAUUUUCAGAAUAGUUCAGAUACACAUGUUGAUUUUAGAGCACUUCAAAAAUUUGCCACUUGAAUCAGGCACGUUGGUCUGCCUGUUGAGAGGAUUAUCCGAAUAGUGAAGGUGAGGGGUAAGCGACAAGCCCUGCUGGCAGUGACACUUGUGUUUGCAGCAGACCGUGGUGUGUUGGCAUAAGGCUGCUUGAAUGAGUCAGUGGAGGAGAUGAAAAAUGCUUUGGAGGCGGAGCUGUUUAGAGGAGAGCUCAGCAGCAUGAGGAGUUCAGUCUCAAUAUUCUGAUAAAAACAGAGACCUAAGUACCACUAUAGAAAGUGUGGUGAGGAGCUCUAUUCAAUGUGUAACUUCAGUCUAAAAAGUGCUCAUGACAGAGCUCCCUGAAGAUGUGUGGCUCAUACUGCUUCAAACUGUCUGGACAUUUGUUGUUCAACUGCUGAAGCUUUCCUACCACUUAUUUCUCUCUUGAAGUCUUAAAUCUAUUGAGGGAUCAGAUUUGGCUGCUAUGGAAUCAAGACCAACUAAAACAUGAGGAGAUGUAUUCGAGAUGAUCCAGCCAGAAGAUUUUUCACUUCAUGGAAAUCUUAUUUUUGUUUAAUAUGUAAUAUAAUUUGACAAAGCCAAAUUCAGUUACUUUUCUUGAAAUUAAGACACGCCUGUGGCCUUCAUCAGAAAUGUUUCUAACAUUUUCAAGAAAAAAUAUGUCCCAGAAACUGAGUAUGUUUUUACUAGUUUUUGGAAUCAUCUGGGGUUUGAUGUUGCUACGCUACACUUUUCAGUAUCCAAGACGCCAAAGCAGUGCUGAGUUGCGUGGACAGAUAUUAGAUCUCAGCAGAAGAUAUGUCAAAGCACUGGCAGAAGAAAAUAAAAAUUUAAUGAAUGGUGGCGGUGGAGCAUCUAUGGCAGGAUACGCUGAUCUUAAGAGAACAAUUGCUGUUCUUCUGGAUGACAUCUUACAACGCCUGGUGAAAUUGGAAAACAAGGUCGAUUACAUUGUUGUGAAUGGCUCAGCAACAAAUACCACUAAUGGAACUAGCCAUCAGGCACCAGUAACUUCAAAUAAACGUGUAAAACCAGCCAGCAACAUUAGAUAGCAAACAGGGCCGCUUUGCGUUGCUACAUCUGCAACGGGUAAUAUUUAAGAUAAGCUUUUUAUAUCUGGCUAAGGCAAAGCAGUAGUUGACUCUAAAAGAAGCAUAAACUAUUCUAUUAUACAAUGUGCUGGAUCUGUGUAGGCCUAACAUAUGUGCUUAGGUUCUCAAAGCAUUGUUUCAUUGCCUUUGAGCAGUACUUCUGAAGUGAUCUUUGUUGUCUUUAAAGAUAUUUUGAUAUCAUGAUUUGAUGUAGUAUGCCAUUGGAUAAUAAAACUAUGUGGAAAGCAAUGGGGAACUUAUAGGUAGGUUUAUAAAUAUAUUUAUUUAAGUAUGAAUAUAACAUAUCUUUUGGAUAGGUGAGAAGCGUUGUAGCUUAUUAAUUUUUUGUGAUCUGCAUUUAAACCGAGGUAACUGAAGAAAAUGCGUUGUUAAGCAGAUAUUAGAAAAUGUGUAUACUUAAAAUAUUUUGUUACUUAAUUACUAAACAAUGUUAAAUUGAGGAUAGCAUUGGUGGUAAUAUUUUAAAAUUGUGACCCAAAGAAUGUCUUUAUUUGCACUAUCUGUCAGAAUAGUUAAAGCGAAUUUACUGUAUAUUUAAGAAAAGUAAUUAUAAUAGGAGAAUAUUCUAGGUAGUAACACUGUCCAGGUUUAUCUUUGUGCCAGAGUAAGGGCAGUUAGAUUGUCAAAAGCAAAUCAUAAUCUGUGAUAUCUUAGAUCAUUGUUUCUUACAAAGAUAUUUAAGUGUAUGUAUUUUGUAAUUGCAGAUGAAAUUAUUUAAGUGACGGAAAUAAGUUUCGGAUAUGCAAAUACAGUUUAUUUUUAUUCAUUGCUGUUUGUUUUAACAAUUUAAUACCUUGCAAUUUGUGAUGAGUAUAGCACACAAUCUCCCUGAAUUGCUUUCUUGAUCAGAAGGAAAAUCAGUGAAGGGAAACAAGGCAUCUCUGCAUUUAACAGAGUUGUAUAUACUAAGGUUGUCUAGUCACAGAGUAUUUGAGAGGUAAGGUGAUAUUUGCCUUAUGUCCAAGUCUUACAGCAAAGUGAAAUGCAUGCAGCAUGGAUGCACUGUAUUUCAAAAUGUUCCUGAAGUCAUAUUUAAGUGCCAAUGAACCUGUUUUUUAAAAUGUAGUGAAUGUUUGGUGGGGACAGAGGAUGUGUUCAGGGACUUUUGCCAGAAGUGUCCUGUGAGUGGGGUUUUGGGGGUGGGUAAAACCAGAAGUGCUGGAUGAUAUACCAUCCAAAGUUAUGUGUUUUUUCUUUUCUUCUGUUUCCGUGCUGAUAUUCUUGAUGGUUAUAAAAGAAAAUACACUUGCAACCUUCAUUAGUAUCCAGAGGAUUUUUUUGGUCACAGUGUGUGUAAACGUGUACUCACUUCAAUGCAGAAAGAGAAAUAAAUUUUUAAUUGUACUUGUAAA